AUGGUGCUGUCCGCCGCAAUAGAGAAGCGGCAGCAUCCCACAGAGCAGGGAGGAGAAGAGAUGCAGUGGAUGGGUUCUUCCCCGAGGUGUCCCUCAUCGGUGGAAGCAUGUCGCAGGAUUUGCAUCGGGGAAGGGUUGGCCAACAAUGACGUGCGUAUUAGCGGUUGGUUACUGCUCUGUGUGUCAAAUACCAAAGAAGCAACGACAUCCCCAUUGAGCAAGUUUGAUAGCGCAGCCAACAAAGGAUGCGGCACGAAACUUAACAAUGAUGUUGAUGAUGGUGACAGCAGCGGCAGCAAUCGCGCAGAAGUGGGUGGCAACGGAAAUGCAAGUAGCAUGAAAAGCGAUCUCCAUGAUUCUGUUAGUCGAAGCGAAGCACCAGCAGGGACGACUAACACAUCCAGCUCGUCACUGAGUGAAACGCAUGGUGACAGUGCCGUUGUAUCGAAGCGGAAAGAAAAGCCGGUGGAUGAAGAUGUUGAUGCGAAGGACCAUGUGGAAGAAGGGUAUGGAGAUUCAGCACAACCGGUUGAUGCCUUAGAGGAAAGUAGCACAAUUUCUGACAGUUGGGGUGCGGAUCUCCCAGCAAACUGCCACGCACGUGUUAUAGUGGCCGAUGUAAAGCGUUCUCUCUGGAAGUUGUACCCCAAUGAAACUGUGCGGGAGAAAAAAAGGAAGAUGCUAUGCAACAUCCUUGCACAAAUCCUCUCCAAUAACCCCGAGCGGCACUACUACCAGGGACUGCACGAAAUGGUCGGGUUUGUUAUGUACGUGAUGGAGGGAGCGAGGGAGGCUGACAUAGUGGCCGUAUGCAGCAGACUGUUGGUACAACAGUGGCGUUCCUUUAGUUGCAAACAGCUUGAAAGGUCACAGUCAAUGAUGUAUGCCAUGCAUACCAUAGUGGUGAAGGAGGAGAAAAUCCUCGCUGAAGAAUUGGAGGCUUGUAGUGUGGGACCUGAGUCGCACUACGCUAUGCCAUGGCUCAUCACAUGGUACACCCACGUGUGUGACGAUGUUGAAGCUCUUAGCCGGUUGUUUGACUUUCUGGUGGCAAGUGAAGACGAGAACACUGUCAUCUUUUUUACAGCGGCCCUCAUGCUACACGAAAGGGAACAAAUUAUUGGUAUAAUCAAAGAAGUUAAAAGUAGUUGCUGCGAUUGUGACGACAGCGACGGAACGGCUACAGCUGAGGAAAUAAAUAAGACGCUGGUGAUGGCGCAAGUUUACUCCAGACUGGUGAGGUUACCGAAGGAGGUACUGAGGCGCGACAGGGCCAGAGACCUUGAAAGUAUAAUCCGUCGCGCCACCGUGCUACAUGAAAAGUACCUAAGUUACGCGAAUGACGUUCGUGGACGCUUCAUGCGUAACAUCGUGUCUGUUUCAACCACAUCAGACAGCAGCGGGAAAUGGCACCAAUGCAAGCGUUGGUUGCGCUUCUCUUUGGAACGACGUUGGGUAAAUGCGGGAUUCAUCUGCAUCAUUGCAAUAUUUGCUUUUUGGUAUAGGGAGUCGACUUCAAGGGGUGUCACACUGUUGGGGAAUUGGAUAACUGACCUUUACACAGUGUCAUGUAGCAUAAGAUCUUCAGUUUUCACAGUUUGA